CAGCAGAACAGACCGGAAGCGUUUGGUUCUGUGCGGAGUUUCAUUGGAAGAGAAAGUCUACAAUAAUUAGGCGCAGGUUUAUAUUCAGCAGUCAGCGCGACGCUGUUAUAAGUACGAAACGAUAACGAUGUCUUCCUUCAACAAAGGCCCGGCUUACGGACUAUCAGCGGAAGUGAAAAACAAGAUUGCACAGAAGUAUGACCCUCAGAAGGAAGAGGAGCUCAUGAUCUGGAUUGAAGACAUCACGGGUCGCUCCAUCGGCCCAGACUUUCAGAAAGGUCUGAAGGAUGGAGUCAUUCUGUGCGAACUCAUUAAUCACCUGCAGCCAGGAUCUGUGAGGAAGAUCAACCAUUCGUCACUGAACUGGCACCAGCUGGAGAACCUGACCAACUUCAUCAAAGCCAUCACGACGUACGGCCUGAAGCCCCACGACAUCUUUGAGGCCAACGACCUGUUUGAGAGUGGAAACCUGACCCAGGUCCAGACCACGCUGCUUGCCCUUGCUAGCAUGGCCAAGACCAAGGGCUGCCAGUCGAGCGUAGACAUUGGGGUGAAGUACGCCGAAAAGCAGGAGAGGAUGUUUAACGAGGAGAAGAUGAAGGCUGGGCAGUGUGUCAUCGGGCUCCAGAUGGGGACCAACAAGUGUGCCAGUCAGGCAGGUAUGAACGCAUAUGGCACCAGGAGGCAUCUAUACGACCCCAAAGCUCACAUCCAGCCCCCGAUGGACAACACCACCAUCAGUCUGCAGAUGGGGACCAACAAGGGAGCCAGCCAGGCUGGGAUGACCGCCCCUGGGACCAGGCGAGCCAUUUACGAUCAGAAACUGGGCACAGACAAGUGUGACAACAGCACCAUGUCCCUACAGAUGGGCUACAGCCAGGGGGCCAAUCAGAGCGGCCAGAACUUUGGCCUGGGAAGACAAAUCUACGAUGCCAAGUACUGUCCCAAAGCCGACGAGCUCGCUGGCGAUAAUGGAGCAGGCAGUGGCCGUGAAUACAUCCCCGAUUACCAGGAUGAGGGUUACCAAGGUUACCAAGAGGGGGAGCAGCUGUACCACGAUGAUGGGACGGAUUACUGAGCUGUGGGUGUUUAAGAGAGCCUCGAGGCAGGCAGGUGUUAUAUUUUUAUAUCACAGGAUGUUGUGCCUUUCUGUUUUGGGUCCAUCCUUUUUUAGUAUUCGUCUUCGGCCCAACACACACACCAUGAACCGUACUUCUGUGAUUCCUCCUCUUUUGUAUAUGAGUACAUAUAUGAAAGCCACCAGUGUGGAUGUGCUCCGUCCUCACUGCGUUACUUCUUUGUGCCAAAGUAACUUUAACUAGUUUCUGCUGACUUGUUUUCCUUUCCGAGUAAAGCUUAGAAACCAGAUGGAGGCUGUUACUUCAGGCAGGCGUUACAGCAGCUGUGUAACGUGGUAACGCAACAAAUCUGUGAAUGCGUCUUCCGUCAGCAUCAUUCCUUUAGUACUGGUCAACACUUUGUUUUGCAGACGAGGAAACUAAAUGGAUUUUGUUAGAACAAAUCUUUUACUUCAGUGUUUUUAUUCGAACUUGACUGGAGAACUGGUUUCUGUGAGAUGGAUGCAGUGGGAGGCUGUUUUUGCUCUUGUGGGACUGCAAACGCGUCCGCUGUGGAAGCCGUCUCUCUACAGCUACAUCACACGGUUUAUUUAACUGACGGGGAACAGACGACCGUCUGCCCUACCCCGACACAACAAUGGCUGUAGGAAACAAAUGUGAUGGUAUAAUAAAUAAAUAUGUGCAUUA